UAUUCACGCAGCUGUGUUGUGUGCACAAAGCGAACUAUUCUUUCGCCUUUUACUAAAGAAUACCGUGUGCACGCAACAAUUAAUGGCAUACGCUUAUUUUUGGAGGGUUAUCAUCAAUUGAUAGCCCUAAAAUUUCAGUCUAAUCAUUUUUUCUUUUUUGGAUUUUAUCCAUUCAAUUGUUAAAAUGGCUGCGCAGACGUUAUGCUUUCCCGUCGGCAUCCGUCUCUACGUUUCAACUCGUAGUCGGCGACUCACAAUGAACAGAUCCAAAAUAAUUGCCGCAGCAAUGAGUGAUGACCCAAUUCGCGAAUGGAUUCUAUCAGAAGGAAAUGCAACAGAAAUUAGAAGUAUUAGCUCUGUAGGCGGUGGAUGCAUCAAUCUUGCGAACCGCUACGAUACAGAUUCCGGUUCUUUCUUUGUUAAGACCAACAGGAGCAUUGGUCCUUCUAUGUUUGAAGGGGAAGCCUUAGGUCUGAAUCAAAUGUAUGAGACCAAAUCCAUUAGAGUACCAAAGCCAUUUAAGAUUGGACCGCUUCCAACUGGUGGAUCAUAUAUCAUCAUGGAAUUCAUUGAAUUCGGUUCGUCUAGAGGCAAUCAGUCCAUUUUGGGGAGAAGACUGGCUGAAAUGCACAAAGCUGGCAAAUCUAGAAAAGGUUUUGGUUUUGAUGUCAACAAUACUAUUGGCAGUACUCCACAGAUAAAUACAUGGAUGUUGGAUUGGGUCGAGUUUUAUGGAAAACAGAGAUUGGGUUACCAAUUGAAGUUAGCACGAGAUCAAUAUGGCGAUUCUGUUAUUUACGAAAGAGGACACAGGUUGAUAAAGAAGAUGGGUUGUCUCUUUGAGAACAUCAUGAUAGAACCAUGCUUGUUACAUGGAGACUUAUGGAGUGGGAAUAUCAGCUCUGAUAAAAAUGGCGAUCCGGUUAUACUUGACCCGGCUUGUUAUUAUGGUCACAAUGAGGCUGAAUUUGAGAUGUCAUGGUGUGCUGGAUUUGGAGGAGAUUUCUACAGUGCGUACUUUGAGGUGAUGCCCAAACAACCAGGAUUUGAUCAAAGGAUGGAUCUGUACAUGCUAUAUCAUUAUUUGAAUCAUUACAACUUGUUCGGGUCUGGUUACCGUUCAUCGGCCAUGUCCAUAAUCCAAGAUUACUUGGGAAUGCUGGAAGCUUAGCAAACCCAAAACCCCAAAAGAAAGAAUCAACCAUUUUGCCUUGUUGGAUGGAUUUUAUUAUUUUUUAUGGAACAAAGAAGUUUAAGGUUGUUUUCUUGAGUAAGUUGUAAUCACAUUUUUAGGUUAUUAUUAGGUUAAUAGCUAUUGUGAAUUCAUAUAUAAAAUAAAGUAUAGAAAGGAUAAAAUCAUUUUCAUUAA